GUCAGCAGCUAUUAGCUCCUUACGGCUCUCGGCUCGACUGCAGCAGAAGUCCGUAGUUUCGUUCGAAGACCGGAGAGCUGAUCCCAGCCGACCAGCCAGCCAGCCAGCCAGCCUGGCCCAGAGUAUAACCCGGACCACCACACACUCACUCAGUGUGGUUAUCCACGUCGUAAGAGAAGGUUGUGGAACGUUCGAUCGCGCCUUGGCCGUUCGUGAAUCGUGCUUGACCCCUGACUGGAUUUAUACAAACCCGGGGGAUUUUGCUUCGACAGUGGCCUGACAUCGCGGUUCAAAAUGAGAGGGAAAAGGGGACAGUUGCAGUCGAGUUCGUGAUGUAAUGAUUUCCGUUUUCCAUUAAAAAUUUUAAGAGGAUUUUGAGAUUUUUUGUUGUCUCGAGUGAAAACCAUUCUAAUACUUGUUUUCUGUUUUUGAGAUUGCAAAUGGAAUAACAGACCGGUCCUUAUUACUUUAGAGAAUUAGUGCAGACAAAGUAUGACUGCUACUUAAAUUGCCCAUUGUGAAAAGGUGAAUAUUAGUUAGCGUAUUUUACAAGUCCUUGAAAAAAUGUAUGGAAAUUGGAAACCAGUGUUUUCGACCAGGAAGGAGUACCUGCUACUUCUGGUACUGGGCCUCUUCUCACUUCUACCAGCGGCCUCACAAGGCCUCGAAAUCGUGGAGAUCAAGGGCCCCAGCUACGUGGUGAAUGGAUCGAAGUCUCAGCUUGUCCUCGACUGCCAGUAUGACUUGAAGGACAAUGACAAAGAGGGUAUGGUGGUCAAAUGGUACUACAACAGGCAGCCCUUCCCUGUCUACCAGUGGAUCCCCAACAAUGUGCCUCAGGACCUUGGAAUCCUGAAAGGUCGACUCAACCUGAACUACCAGGUGUCAACCGACGUCUACUCCAAGCACCGAGCCCUGGCCAUCCUCAACCCGACGACGGAGCUCACGGGGGAGUACACCUGCUGGAUCUCCUCCUUCAGCAGUGAGGACUUCGAGAGGAAACAGCUCAUCGUGUACGCGCCAGCGGUGGACAUGUCCAUGACUUACAUCAAACCGAGCGACGACAGCGUGAUAGUAUCCUGUCGUGCAGGAGGCAUCUACCCUGCGCCCAACAUCGCUUUGUACAGAAGCUCAUCGAAUGCCAGAAUAGCCAUAGAAGGAGCUAAGAUUGAAACGCUCCACUUCCCCGACCUUCGCUACUAUAACAUCAGCAUCGAGCACGAGGUCUUCGACUACGAGUUGGUCUCGGAGACCAUGUUCGACUGCGUCCUAACUAUCCCGGGGACCGAUUACGAGGUCCACGAAGAAAUCGUUUACUUCCCUGGACCUCCUACAACAACAACAACAACAACAACCACUACUACAACCACCACUACCACUACAAGCACCACCACAACCGCCCCUACAACUCCGUCUACAACCAAUACGGCUAUGCCUUCCUCCGUGGGAGAUUAUGAAGAGGAAGAUGAUGAUGAUGAUGAUGAAGAAAUAAGUGAUCAUGAUAAUCACAACACGAACGGGCUGAAUAAGGAGGCCAAACCUCACGUAGCAGAGAGCGGUGUUCCUGCCAUUGAGUCUUCAGUGUCCGGGGCGAAGGGAGUCUUCGCUACAAGCCUCAGUCUAGUGUAUCUAUGUGUUUCUCUAGUCAUUCAUCGCUACUAUGUACACUGAAUCCGGUAGAUGUAUAUAUUCUGCCUGUACAGUUCCUGUCCCACAAACCCUUCCUCCACUCACCAGUCAAGAAUCAUCGCAGAGUAAGGAAAUGGGAAAGAAACCGGAAAGGAAGAAUUGCGGAAGAGAAAAUUUUGAAGUUACGAAACAAGGUGAAUAGUAGAUGGCAGAGAUAAAGAACCUGCAUUGAUAAGAAGCGAUGUAUCAUUACUGAGGGCCUUGUCGAAGAAGAGUUUCUACUUUCUCUCUCUCUCUCUCUCUCUCUCUCUCUCUCUCUCUCUCUCUCUCUCUCUCCAUAUCUUUACUUUCUCUGUGACAUCUUCAGCUUUGUAGUGUACAUAUAUUAUAUAAAUGAUAACAAAGAAAGUGCUUUAGGAGUUGACCAGAAGAAAGUGUUUCCAUGUUAGCGCGCGUGCUGCAGAUUUAUUGUAAUAUAUACGUAUAUAUAUUUUAUUAUUAAAGACAUGAGUGUCAUGAGCCAUGCUGAUGAAUAUAUAUAU